AUGCCUAAAAGAAAAUCAAGAAAACCUGGAAAACAAAAAAAAUUACCUUCAUAUACAUAUCCUCCUAAAGAAAAAGUGGAAAAAGAAGAGAAGCCUAUAAUUGAACCAGUAAAUGAAUCACUUUUUAUAAGAGCCAGCCCAGUCUUAUUCUUGGAUUAUCUUCAAGCAAAACUUAGGGCAGAUGAACCACCAAAAUAUCAUUUCAACUUUGAUAAAGAAAAAAAGACAUGGAAAUGUAAUCUUUUUUACCUUGGAGAGCGAUCUAAAGAGCGUGAAUGUGAAGAAGUGAAAGAUAUUCUUAUAAGACUAACGAAAAAUGAUCGAACGCUUUUACCACCACCGCCAACAUCACCAUCACCUUUGGAAGCUUUUUCAUAUGAAUUUUUUAGAACUAAAGAAAAAGGAUACAACUUUGUUAUUCCUACUUUACCAACAUACGCCAAGUCACCAAUAUACACUAGGACAGCCAAAGUGUUCGUUAACAAAGAUGAAUUACCACAAAAUCUGUUUACUAUUCAAUAA